AUGGAUAAUAAGAAACUGUUAGUUUUACCACAAGAAACCAACCCAAAUGUUGACAGGUGUUUGUACAAGCAACAUCAAUUAGGUGGUAUUUCACAAUGCUUUGCUAAAAAUAAGGGAAAACUUUUUCUCUUGGCUAAAGAACCGCUUGAAGACACAUUAGAACAUUCAUGUAUGGAUACACUAAAAAUUGCAGAUGAAAUAAAAUGGAAAAUAAUCAAUGAACAGUUAUACAUGAUUCUUGAUCUGUAUAUACAAAUACUGAAAGAUAAAAAAUUGCACAACAUAUUUAAUAAAGACAUUAAUGAGAGAGUUGAGAAGAUCAUUUCUGCAACGAUUAAAUUAUAUUCCCUGAUAGAGAAGAAAAAUGAAAAUAAAAAAAGAAAGUACCUGAAGAAAAUAUAUUCCGUUUAUAAUACUCUGUCUAAUUUAUUAAUGAAAUACAAUGAGAAUAACGUAGAUGAUCAAUGGAAGGACAAAUUACUUUUGGUUAGGGAUCAUGGUCUUAGAAAGAUUCCUGGAUCGGGCAAUUUGACCGAUGAUGGUUAUGAACCUGAAAGCAGGAGAAAAAAAACACUAACAGAAAAUGAUGUACAAAAGGAUAUUCGAAAUUCCAAAUUCAGUGUACCAUUGCAGGGAUUGAAAGUUCGUGAGGAGGCAUUCACAGAGUUAGAUGAACCCCGAAAUAAUGAAAAUUGUUUAGAAAGAGGCUUUUCAAUGAGGAAUAGCAUCAGAUGCUUGUAUGCAGCUGAAGAAUUAAGCGAAACAGAACAUUAUGACCCACAUAGGAAGAUGAAGCCAUUCAAAUUUUUACAAUUUCAAGAUUUAAAUUUGAUAUUACAAGACAGAAAAAAGCUAGGAAAAAAAUUCACUAAAAUUUGUCAAAGAAAAAUAAAUUUAUUACAGAAUAGAAGAAAUAGUAUUUACCUUAAGAAUAGACCCCUGCUGAUGGAAAAAAUGAGAUAUUCAAAUGAUUUGAAAAAUAUUUUAUCAGGAAUAUCUAAAAGUAUGACCAGUUUUAGGACUGAUAAGUAUGGUAAUAUAAAAGCUAUCAUUGAGUUCUUUACACAUUAUGGAAGGAGAGAAAAAUAUAUAAUAAGCAUAAAUGAAUACGAUUAUUUUUUUUCCACAAGUAGUGACGAAUCAGAAGUGCAAACAUGUAGGAACAGACAGAUGAUACAUCAUGUUAGAAGUGCAAAAGUGAAAAAAAAAAAAAAAAAGGAGAGCCCAUUUUUUACGAAAAAUUGCAUCUUCUAUGUUGGGAACAAGAAAGUCAUAUUAGAUAAAAGAAAGAAAGAAAAGAUUAUUUUUCAAAUGGAUCCCAGUGGUGUUUUAAAAAAAGAAGUAUUCAAAAAAAGCAAAAAUAAUGAUAAUAUUUUGAUAAAAACAUAUAAUGAAAAUGAGUGGUCAGAUGAAUAUGUCGACUUCUGCUACUUGACUAAACAGAAAAAAAAAGAAAAAAUUAUUAUAAGAAAAGGGAAAGAAGGGAAAUACAAAUACAUAUUUAAGGAACAUGAAUUAAAUGAUAAAAAGGAAAUUUUCGAUUUUUAUGAAAAAGGAAUUUUCAAUACUCGACAAGUUCAUUUUUAUGAUAAUGAGGAAAUUAUACCAUUUUACACUCUGCAAGUAGAUCAAAAAAAAGGGGAAAAAAUGAAUCAAGAGCAGAUAGAAACUUUUGAAAAAGAGGAAAAAGGUACCAAUUUUCCAUCUAACAAAUGCAAAAAUGAAUGGGUGCUGGAAAAAGAAAAAAGUAGUUACAUUAUUAAUAGACAAGAAUCAAUAGACAACAUUUUUGCAAAAUUGAAAACAAGGAAGGAAAAAAUUUUGAAAGCUACUUAUGUUUGCACCGAUAAAGAAAAUGGCGGCCCUUCCGUUAGAAAAUUACAAAAUGUCAGAAUGAUGAAAAUUAGCCUUAACAAAGGGGAGAAGCAUAACGAGACCACGAAGGAGAAGAAGCAGAAGAAGGAGAAGCAUAACAAGACCACGAAGGAGAAGAAGCAGAAGGAGAGGAAUCAUCAACAGACAUACCCAACUGAAAUGAACAAAGAUGUCCAUCAGGAUUCUGCAAAAAUCAACUAUCUCCGAAUGAAGAUUGAAAGAGGAAAAAUGAAUAAAUCAAACAGAAUGCAUAAAGGGUGGAAGUGGAAGGAGUGCAAAAUGGCAGAUGAUCCAUCUCAAAAGUACAUUAGUUCAAAUGAGAGGAAAAGUACAGAUAUGAAAAGAUGCGAGAGUGUGGCAAGCGUAAAAAAAAAGGUCAGCGAUGAAAUAAGAUUAAUCGACCAUUUGGAAAUAAAAAAGGAAAGGGAUAUCAAGAAGUAUUUUGCUAAAUCUAAAGAUAGGGCAAAGAGGGAGAUGCAGGAAAAGAAGAAAACGCAGGAAAAGAAGAAAAUGCAGGAAAAGAAGAAAACGCAGGAAAAGAAGAAAACGCAGGAAAAGAAGAAAACGCAGGAAACACAAGAAAGGGCUAAUGUCGUAUCCGUCGAGCUCGACUCAGACAAGGAAAUAAAAGUAGGCGAGAAAAUCGUGUGCUAUAACAAGAACGAAAAUAAAUAUAUGGACAUUUACAAAGAAACAAAAGAGAAUAAGGGAGGUGUGACAGCAAACACAUAUUCAUUGUCUACGUUAGUAUCCAUUUUUCAGAAGAAAAAUACGAAAGAAAAUGUUUGUUCAAAUGAUAAAAAAAAAAUUAACCAAAAAAUUGAAGAGUUUGUUUUCAACGAGAAUUUAAAAAGUAUUAGUAUUACAUCACAUAAUGUAAGUCGAAAGAGUUCCAAAAAUUGUAUUAAAUAUUUGCCCCGCCAAACCAAGUUAUCUCAUAUUUCGAAAGCGCAAGGUGGAAGCGGAGAAAUUCCUGAUGGGGCAAUUGACAGUGCAAUGGAUGGAGAAAUGGACGGAGCAGUUGACAGUGCAAUGGAUGGAGAAAUGGACGGAGCAGUUGACAGUGCAAUGGAUGGAGAAAUGGACGGAGCAGUUGACAGAUCACUGGACAGAACAUUGGACAGAUCAUUGAAUGCCCCAGCAAAGGGUCAUCCCAGCUGGAACUACAAGAAUGAUAUUAAAUCAGGCUCAAAUAAGUGCAGUAAAGUCGGGGAAAAGUUUAGUGGCGAAAAGAACCCCACAAUUGCACCGAGAUACAAAUUUGCUAAAAGCCUGAACAGUAAGAGCAAUGAGAAUAUAUCAAAAAAUGAUGCAGUUUCGAUGGAUGAAUUUUUUAAGAGUAUCUCCUGUGAUAAUUCUAAAAAUGGAUUUGAGAAUCUACACAACAAUGGAAGUUAUGAAGUGCGAACCUCUCUUAGUUAUGAGCUAAGUGAUGAGAUGAGUCAUCCUAGAAGUCAUCAAUUGAGCAGCCAAAUGAGUCACCAACUCAAUCGUGAACUCAGUCAUGACUCAGAAAAUCAUCCUUUAAAAAAUAUCCUAUUCGAAGAGAACAAUGAUUCUAAAAGAGAUUCAUGGGCAUCUAAGGAAGAAUGCAAAAACGAAGAUAUAACUGUAUGUGAAGGCUUAAAAGGAAAUUCUCUAAAAGUAGAUGAUGAACCCGUGGCUUCCGAAAAGAAGAUGAGGCGAGAAUAUCUAACUAAUGGAUUCGAGGCCCUUGUUCACAUUGUAUUAUCGGAAGCGAAUGUCGUAACGAGAAAGUGCAAUGUUUCAUUUAACUAUGAAUCCAAAAAAGUUAGCAUAAAAAGAAAGAGAAAAAUAUUCGAAAUAGACGUAGAAAAGUUGUAUAUACAGGAAUUGCCAACCAAUGAGAAACAUGUAGCUGUAGUACACCUAGUCAUUUCAGAAAAGAAACCCAAAGUACUACUACUAGAAUCUCGUGAUCUUAUGGGUUUACAAAAUUUAGGAGAUGAAAUUGGCUGGAUUAGAGCCACAGACGACGGUCCUUCUGAGGAGGUAGUCAAAUCAUUACACACUCGAACGGUCGGAAUUACAAAUACCGUACGGAUGAAUCAAGAAGGAGAAAAAGAUGACUUGUCCUACAAACUGAAUAAACGUUUAACAAAAAGCAAAUUAAGUUUUUUCGACAAAAUAAAACUAAAUAAUUUUUUGAGCAAGAAAAAAUGA